AAUCAGCUCAAAUGAGAUAAAGAUUUAAUCCCAGAAAUGCUAGCAAAGAUGAGAGGAAAACCCACAAUUUCUUUUUUGUUCUUCCUUCCUUUCGGAUUUGAUGCAAUAGACGAACAGGAUUUGGCGCACGGUUCCACGAGAAUCGGAUAGCAAGCAAAUCAGGUUUGGCCAAGUUGACUUCCGAUCUCCACCUUGAUUUUGGCUCGAUUCUUGUGAUUUUUGGAGCUCUGUAUUUGCCUUCAGCAAGUGAAUCUAUAUCAGAGUCUAAUCGCUGAUUUUUGAAGAUGGAAUCCGACGAAUUGGAGGUCAACGUCGCUACUUUUACUCUUCAUCUACAUUUUUGAUUUUGUGAUUCACUUCGACCAAGAAAGGGUUAAACUAUAAUGCACUUUUAGGAGAGACACCAUGGACUUGUUUUUGCUGUUGUGAAUUUGUUUUUGUGGUUGAUAUUCCGUUCUAUUCUUGCUCUUGUUUUGGGUUGAACCAUGGUCCUGACUUUAGAACCAUGGGAGUCUUCUGUUGGUUUUUUGUGGGUGUUUUUUGUUGAGGAGGACCUGAAGCCAUUUAAGAACUGUAUGAGUAGGCUGUUGGGGCUGGGAAAUGCCCAAAUCUACCCAGAGCACAUGAUUCUUGACUGCUUGUGUUUGAAGUGUUAAUUGCGUGAACCUGGAGCUCUAGUUCAUGCUUCGUGGAGGAUUUUGAAUCUAUGAAUUGUGUCAAAUAACUGGUGGGGCUGGAACUGCAAUUUAAGCUUUGGACUUGUUUCAACAUGCCAAUCUUUGGAAACUUUCUGGAGUGGCUGAACUCAACCUCUGACCAGCUAGGUUGGGGCUGCCUUUGACCUUACCGAAAUGCAGAAACUGCACUACUUUUGGUGAUGAGUUUGCUGAAUUGAAGGCAAGCUAUGGAUUGGAUCUUCCUAACACUUGACGACAGUUGGUAUAUGGCUUAAAACCAGACUAACUGCUGGUUUAUAUGCCUCUAACAACAAGGACUUUGACUCGCUGGAAUGGACACUAAUACUUGUUGUUUUUCUCCUGCGUGACUAAGGAUUGGGGACAGGGCUUGGCAUGUCUUGUUGCUGGUCCUAGAAGUCCUAUUUUCGGAGAGGAUGCUGGAACCAUGGGCUGGAUAACGUCACUUCCUCGCUGUGGAAGUUGACAGUGGAAAAUGCUACUGCCAUUUGUUUGAGGGCUGUUUGGGCAGUCCUGUUGUGGGUGGGUUUGCUGAUGGUGUACCUGAAACAAUUUAAUUUGGAAGUUUUAUGGUGUCUCUGGGCAGCGUAUUGGCUUGUAUUCCCCGCUGCUUUUGGAGCUGUUUGCGGCUGAUUUUUGUUUGAAAGUGAAGCUGAUUCUUUACCCGGUUUUGCCUCAUGGUGGAGGUAACACCAAUCCAAUUGGGGUUGGUUAUUAUGUUGUGUUUUGCCUUUUUGGUCGUGCUGGCACGCUACCUAAUGCUCGUCUUGACCCUUUUGAUUGGGGUAUUUGGAAGAGCUUGGGUUAUCUUGGCUAACAAGUGGAUCUUGUGGCUGUGCUUCUUUUCUCGGGUUGGGAUGUUGUUUUUGUUGGAUCCUGCCUAUCUACGUCUUGCUUCUGAACUCAAACCGAGGGCAAUUGUGGAUGAAGGCUUACGGGACAACCUUGUGAACUUGGUCUACUUUGAUAAAGUGUGAUCACAUAGAUAUUUAUUGGAUGGUUCUUUAUUUUGGUUAGUCGCUUGUUGUAUUCUCUUUGGUUGUUGAUGUUUGUUGUCUUAUAUAUGCACGGAACCAUCCUUAUGGUUCGGCAUUUGACAUUGAUGUACUGUUCUGAUUAUGGGUAAUAAUAAUUUACAUUUUACCCUUAAAAUAGUUUUACACUAUAUAAAUAUACUACUGUUACAAGG